AUGUUGUCUAAAAAAAAUAAGGAAUUAAGAUCUAUACGAGAAGGCGUUGUUGGAAAAUAUAUGAAAAAAGAAACUCCUCCCGAACUGCCUAUAAUCAAUGUAUGGAGCACGGAACCCUUAAAGAAAAAAGGACAACAUCCAGCCUCGUCGAAAUCUACUCAAGCUAUUGUUAACUCGAAUUCUCAAUCUGGAGGUUUUUCAUUUGGAAAAAAUGGUAAAUUCACUCCGAACAAUUCACUUCCGGAUUUAACUCAAAGAUUAAGCAACUUAAAUACUGGUAGUGAUAUACAAAGAAGCCGUUUUUCAAAUUCCAUCGGUGCUGUUGGUACGAAUUUCAAUUGCAAUCCCUACAUUAAUCACUAUGUGCCCAACCAGUACGAUUUAGAAUGUAAUCGUCCACAAACAUCUGGAUCGUCGUAUAUACUUAACGUUAGCGAAGUUCCCGACAGAAGGAGAUAUGACCAGCAGGAACAAGAAAGUAACUUUCAUCACGUCGACAAUUAUCAACUCAUUACGUCAAUGCAAAUGUACGAAGACCAAGUUUUACCACCUGGACUUUCUCACUCUACACACGAAUUACAAUCUUUAAAAGAUGACGGUGCUAGGGGAUUAAGCGAUUCUGCAGAAGAACUUCCUCUUCCUCCCGGAUGGUCUGUUGAUUUAACUCUUCGUGGUAGAAAGUAUUACAUCGAUCAUAAUACAAAAACCACUCAUUGGAGUCAUCCGUUGGAAAAAGAAGGAUUGCCAACCGGUUGGGAAAGAAUCGAAUCACCGGAAUAUGGCACUUACUACGUUAAUCACGUCACCAGACAAGCUCAAUACGAACAUCCUUGCGCUCCUCAAUAUGUUUACCGGCAACCUAGACCCCCUCCUAGAAUUUUACCCCAUCACACGCAUUUUCACCCUCACAGCGUACUUGUACCAGCCAAUCCUUAUUUGAGCCAAGAAAUUCCACACUGGCUUGUGGUUUUUUCAAGAGCAUCCCCGGAAACCGAUCACAAAUUACGUUGGGAAAUGUUUAGGCUUCCGGAAUUGGAUUGUUUUAAUGCAAUGUUAACUAGAUUGUAUAGAAAAGAAUUGGAAGAAAUAGUCAUGCGCUACGAAACGUAUAGAUCCAUAUUGGUGUGUGAAAUGGAUAGACAUAUUGAAGCGGCAACUCAACAAGCCAGAAACAUGAAUAAAAACUUAGAACCUUGCAAUGAAAAUCAAAUAUCUCAAACCAUAGAGACCAAGGUUUAA